AUGUUGGCGUUGCUCAAACUGGAAGAUUACAAGGAUCGCCUAAAAAAUGGAGAGCAACUUAACCCAGACCAGUUGGAAGCAGUAGAGAAAUAUGAAGAAGUGCUACAUAAUUUGGAAUUUGCAAAGGAGCUUCAGAAAACCUUUGCUGGACUGAGCCAAGAACUACUGAAAGCACAGAAAAAGGCCCAGAGAAGGGAACAAAUGCUAAAGCUUGAGGCUGAGAAGAAAAAGCUCCGAACUAUACUCCAGGUUCAAUAUGUAUUGCAGAACUUGACACAGGAACAUGUGCAAAACGACUUCAAAGGGGGCUUGAAUGGUGCAGUGUAUUUGCCUUCAAAAGAACUUGACUACCUCAUUAAGUUUUCAAAACUGACCUGCCCUGAACGAAAUGAAAGUCUGAGUGUUGAAGACCAGAUGGAGCAGUCAUCCUUGUGCUUUUGGGACCUUGUGGAAGGUAGUGAGAAAGCAGUGGUAGGAACGACAUACAAACAUGUGAAAGAGCUACUGUCUCAGUUGCUGAACUCAGGUUAUUUUGAAAGCAUUCCAGUUCCCCAAAAUUCUAAGGAAAAAGAAGUGUCCUUAGAGGAAGAUAUGCUAAUACAGUCAAAAAAGAAAAAACAAUUAUUGAAGACUGAAUCUAUCAAAGAGCCAGAGUGUCUUAUGGAACUUCCAGAGCCAGCGAUACAACCGCAGGAGUUUUUGAACAGACGCUACAUGACAGAAAUAGAUUAUUUGAACAAACAUGAUGAGGAGCGAUCUUGGGAAGCAGAUUUUGCUAAGAAACCAAAUCUCCCUAAAUGUUGGGAUAUGCUUAGUCAACCAGAUGUUCAAGAGAAGACACAGGAAUCCUUAAAGUCCUGGGAGCCUCCUGCAAAGCACCAGGGUUCCUUAGAACAGAGGAAACAAGAGAUUCCCAAGCUCAGGUCGGCUGUGCAGGAAGGACAGAAGCAGCAGCAGGAGAUCUCCAAGCCCAAGCCACCUCCCAGCCAGUGGAAGCAAGAAACCCCAAACUCUGAAACAGGACGCCCUGAAGAGGAGCAGAAGAGGCUGGAGACACCAAAGCCUUGGGCCAUUCCAUUGCAGAAAGAACAAGAGCCAAAGAAACAGACUCCAAAGUCCUGGACAUCCUCCCUGCAGAGUGAACAGAAUGUCAGCAAGUCGUGGGCUACUCCCAAAGGCAAAGAGCAGGACUCAAAACAGCCAGGGACUCCCAAAUCCUGGGAAGACAGUGUUGAGAGUCAAAAACACACUGGAACACCACAGUCACCGCAUUCUCCACAGCCUUGGGGUGCAGCCAAUGCAGGCCUACCAAAUGAUCAGCUCCUGCCCGGGAAGAUGAAUACAGAACCCAAAGAUGUGCCUAAGCCAGUGCCUCAGCCUGUAGGUUCUUCCUCUGCCCUUCCAAAGGAUCCAAUACUGAGGAAAGAAAAACUGCAGGAUCUGAUGACCCAGAUUCAAGGAACUUGUAACUUUAUGCAAGAGUCUGUUCUGGACUUUGACAAACCGUCAAGUGCAAUUCCAUCCCAGCCGCCAUCAGCUCCGCCAGGUAGCCCAUUAGUAUCUACAGAACAAAAUGUGUCCAGUCCAAAUGACUUUCUUCAAGAGCCAUUAAAGGCCACUUCUCCAGUUACCUGUGGUUCAGAUGCUUGCUUGUUGAUGACUAAUCAGGCUUCAUCAGGAUCUGAAGCAGAUUUUAUGACCUCACAGACUGCUAAGGCUGCAGUUCCCCCAAGCAAGCCUCCAUCUUGCCUGGUGUCUCCCAACCCUCCUGUGUCAAAGGGCACUGAACAGGGCUUCCAGUCACCUCCAGCAAGUAGUUCACUAGCCAUGAACACAGCGCCCUUUCAAGCCAUGCAGACAGUAUUUAAUGUGAAUGCCCCUUUGCCCCCUCGGAAAGAAGAACUAAAAGAACCUCCUUACUCACCUAGCUACAAUCAAAGUUUUACUUCAGCCAGCACACAGACACCGCCCCAGUGCCAACUGCCAGCUAUUCAUGUAGAACAAACCGUCCUAUCUCAGGAGCCUGCUUCAACUUACCAUCCUGAUGGAACUAUUCAAGUAAGCAAUGGGAGCCUUACCUUUUACCCAGCUCAGACAAAUGUAUUCCCUAGACCUACUCAGCCAUUCAUCAGCAGUCGGGGAACUGUGAGAGGAUGUCCUCGUGGUGGGAGACUGCUCACUAAUUCCUACCGGUCUCCUGGUGGUUAUAAAGGUUUUGAUAGUUAUAGAGGACCUUCAAUUUCCAAUGGAAAUUAUAACCCACUGCAGUUGCAAGCUAGAGAAUAUCCUGGAGCAGCUUAUUCCCAAAUGGAUAACUUCCAGCAGUGUUAUAAACAAGGAGGGACAUCUGGUGGCCCUCGGGCAGAUUCCAGAGCAGGGUGGAGUGACUCCUCGCAGGUGAGCAGCCCAGAGCGCGAUGACACCUUUCACAGUGCUGACUCUGGACAAGGAGACUCUCGUAGCAUGACUCCUGUGGAUGUGCCAGUGACAAACCCAGCUGCCACCGUUAUGCCAGUGCAUGUCUAUCCCCUGCCUCAGCAGAUGCGAGUUGCCUUCUCAGCAGCCAGAACCUCCAACCUGGCCCCUGGGUCUUUGGACCAACCGAUUGUGUUUGAUCUUCUGCUAAACAACUUGGGAGAGACCUUUGAUCUUCAGCUGGGUAGAUUCAGUUGUCCUGUGAAUGGCACUUACGUCUUCAUUUUCCACAUGCUGAAGCUGGCAGUGAAUGUGCCCCUGUAUGUCAACCUCAUGAAGAACGAGGAGGUCUUGGUGUCUGCCUAUGCCAAUGAUGGUGCUCCUGAUCAUGAGACAGCUAGCAACCAUGCAAUUCUUCAACUCUUGCAGGGAGACCAAAUAUGGCUACGCUUGCACAGGGGAGCCAUUUAUGGAAGUAGCUGGAAAUACUCUACAUUUUCAGGCUAUCUUCUUUAUCAAGAUUGAGCUGGUAUUGAAUUGACCAUGAAAGAAUGGAUGGUGUUCAAAUGCGUGAGAGGGAAGGAAGGAAAACAAUCCUUGCCCUGGUGACUGGUUUAGGAAAAUGGUUUCAUUCCUAGAGAAAGGAGGAGGUCCUUACUUUUUUCUGUUUUCCUCCCUAGGUGGGAAAUUUCACCCGAAUGACAGCACUAACCUGGCACUUUAUAAAUUGUGCUGUAGCCUCAUAGUCAGGCUGUGAAUGUAUAUCGUUUGCACUUAAUCCUUUAACUGUAUUAAAGUUCAGCUUACUAAACUGACUGCCUCAAGUUCGGGCAAGUUACAAUGCCUUGUUGUGCCUCAAUAAA